AAGUAGGAAGGGUCUGUGAGUUUUUGAAAUAAAAUAAUAAAAAGUUUUCAAAUAGCAAAUUAUUUAUUUUUAUAAUAUAAGCAAACUUUAAAUUCUGCAGGGAUGUCAUCUUCAUAAAACCAUGAACGCACUCAUGUGAGCUAUAUUUUCCCAAGAAUAUUUUUAUUUUUGAAGCUACAGAUGUUAAGCAUCUUCUUUCCUUUCUUUGACAGGAAAUUCUGGUGAUUAAAGAUCAUGGCAACCAUAGAGGAACUGGCCAAUCAAAUUUUUGAACAGCAAAUGGGAGAGGUUUCACAUUCCCAGGAACGUGGUACACAAACACUAAUGGAUGGGACUCCACAACGAAUACAGAUUGUCCCUACAGACUCAGGCCUCUCUUUAUCACAGCGUAUACAGAUUGUCACAGAUCAGCAGACGGGCCAGAAGAUUCAGAUUGUUACAUCACUUGAUCAGAGCUCAGCAGGCAAGCAGUUCAUCUUAACAAAUCAUGAUGGCUCUACCCCAAGCAAGGUGAUCCUUGCCAGACAAGAUUCCACUCCAGGAAAAGUUAUCCUAGCAACUCCAGAUGCUGCAGGUGUCAACCAACUGUUUUUUGCAUCCCCUGAUAUAUCUUCACAACACUUCCAGAUUUUAACGGACAACUCCCCCAGUGAGCAGGGCCUAAAUAAAGUGUUUGAUCUGUGUGUUGUGUGUGGAGACAAAGCAUCAGGGCGUCAUUAUGGAGCAGUAACCUGUGAGGGAUGCAAAGGAUUCUUUAAAAGGAGCAUACGGAAGAAUUUAGUUUAUUCCUGUCGAGGAACAAAAGACUGCGUCAUUAACAAACACCACCGGAAUCGCUGCCAGUAUUGUAGGCUGCAGAGAUGCAUCGCCUUUGGGAUGAAGCAAGAUUCUGUACAGUGUGAGAGGAAACCUAUUGAAGUGUCAAGAGAAAAAUCUUCAAACUGUGCAGCUUCUACAGAAAAGAUCUACAUUCGGAAAGAUCUUCGUAGUCCAUUGGCUGCAACCCCAACUUUUGUAACAGACAAUGAAACAGCAAGAUCAACAGGUUUGUUGGAAUCAGGAAUGUUUGUUAACAUUCAUCCAUCUGCAAUAAAAAGUGAGCCUACUGUGCUGAUGACUCCAGAUAAGGUAGAAGCAUGUCAAGGAGAUUUAAGUACACUGGCAAAUGUGGUGACUUCAUUAGCAAAUCUCAGUAAAUGCAAAGACACAUCACAAAGCAGUACAGAACUAUCCAUGAUCGAAAAUUUGAGCAAUGGAGAUGCAUCAUUACCUGAACUCAAGCAAGAAGAACAAGCUAGUAGUGAUGUUACAAGGGCAUUUGAUACUCUUGCAAAAGCAUUAAAUCCAGGAGAGAGCCCAGCAUGCCAGAACUCUGAAAGUAUUGACACCAGUGCACAGCUCCUUGGUGGAGAAACAAGCAUGAACAUUGUUGAAAUAGAGGGGCCACUACUCAGUGAUGCUCAUGUAGCAUUCAGGCUCACCAUGCCUUCUCCUAUGCCUGAUUAUCUUAAUGUUCACUAUAUCUGCGAGUCUGCCUCCAGGCUGCUUUUCUUGUCCAUGCACUGGGCACGUUCCAUUCCAUCUUUCCAAGCUUUGGGACAGGAUAACAGCAUAUCAUUAGUAAAAGCCUGCUGGAAUGAACUUUUUACACUUGGUCUAGCACAGUGCUCGCAAGUCAUGAAUGUGGCAACGAUCUUAGCUGCUUUUGUUAAUCACCUUCAAGGCAGUUUACAACAAGAUAAGCUGCCAACAGACAGAGGAAGACUAGUAAUGGAGCAUGUCUUCAAAUUGCAAGAGUUUUGUAACAGCAUGGUUAAACUGUGUCUAGAUGGAUAUGAAUAUGCAUAUUUGAAAGCAAUCGUCCUCUUCAGUCCUGAUCACCCAGGUCUAGAAAAUGUGGUGCAGAUAGAGAAAUUUCAAGAAAAAGCUUACAUGGAGUUCCAAGACUAUGUAACAAAGGCGUAUCCGGAUGAUACGUACAGACUGUCUAGACUUCUUCUCCGAUUGCCUGCUCUUAGGCUGAUGAGUGCUGCCAUCACUGAAGAGCUGUUCUUCGCAGGACUAAUUGGCAAUGUUCAGAUUGACAGCAUCAUCCCAUACAUUCUGAGAAUGGAGACAGCAGACUACAACUCUCAGAUCAUAGGUCAUGGUGUGUAAAAGUAGCAGUCCAGGAUUCUGUACCAUGGCAAUCAUGGUGAUGUAAAUGCUUACCCUGUCUCCAAGAGAUGGUCAUAAGCCUUCCAACGCACUUUUCCAUAGAAGGCUCAUAUUCCUCCUUUCCAGUACACUUGGGAAACAUGGUGGAGUGCAUUAGGAUAUAGGAUCACUUCCUAUUCUUUAUCUGUCUUCAAGGACUUGUAAAUUAACUUGUUAUCUGAAGAAGGUCAAGAAUUGUCCAUCCUAUUUUUGUAGGUAGACGGACUUGGAAUAUUUGUUUAUGAAGUUCAGGCUUAUGAGGAAACUGAAGAAGCUUUGAUUGAACUAAGGUAUCUCAACUUAGUUUGAUGUUUUAGACAAAUAAAUUAACUUUCCUCUCUGA